AGAUCGUCUAGCUGCGUACCUCGAGCUCUUUUUUUCUGCUGUCGAGAUCACGCUGGCGCGCGAGAACUUGAGGCCGGCAGAAAAAGCAGGUAACGACGCGAAGGCUGAUGUGCUGCUUGGCCUCUGGAGCGGGGUCGUGACGUCGAACCUCUCUUGUGGGAGAAGCAGUGGUGCAACACCGAAGCGCGAUGGACGAAGGAGCAACGCCAAUAAUGGAGUCGACGACAGCGUGACCAUAGCGAAAAUGAAAGUAUUCGAUUCAGCGGACUCCUUGAAUAGUCGCAUUGACAGUGAUGUCGCGAAGAAGAUCCUCGAUAUCAUCGAUGCGCUGCGCAGCAGAGAAGUGUACUGCCGGGAGACGCACGACCUUCGAGAGGCGCACUUCCACGUGCGCACCAAAAUUGAGGCGCUUGCGCAGACGAGUCUACAUUUAUCCCCCCCUGACUGCUGCUACUUCCUCCUUCACCUUUUUCACACAGCAUUUCGCACGCUUGCCACGGCGUUGGAGCUUCCGGGUGCGAGCACGUGUCGUGACGAACCGCGGACGCUUUUCUCGGGUGAGUGCAGCAUUUGCCUAGAGCAAGUUAUUAACCCAAAUGAUGCCGUCGUUUUCUCACACUGCAAGCAUUACAUUUGCCGUGCCUGCGCGCACCGGCAGUUUACAACAAAUCAGGGCCAGAAACCAUGCCCGCACUGUCGCCAGCAGAUCUACCACCAGGAAAGGUUCUCGUCCGCGAAAAACCAGGCUAUGAGCGUUUUUGGCAAGCCACUUAAGUUUUCCGGGGAUCAGCCGCCGCCGCUCGGUGGAGGAGACCUGCAGAAGCCGGUUGAGUUGAGCCUGCGAGAGGCACCGCAGCUACUUGCGCACCCGUUCGGGCGCUUUUUCUGGCAGGAUCGCGUUGCACACGAGGACAUCACACCCAUCGUGGCAGAUCAAGACAACAUAGUUGCGGAUUUGCAACAGAAAAUCGUUUUCGCAACGAAGGUCGAAAGUGCCGCGACGGUGUUCCGACGGAAACUUCGUGAGGUGCUCGAAGAGGAAGAUGUAAAGGGCCAUGCUACAGCAGAGGGUCACAACCACAACCACGGGCAAGAAGGAAACAGUACUGCUGGUAUGAGAAGUUUCGGUUGUAGUAGCUCCUUGUGGAAGCACCGGAAGCCCAUAACACUGCACGUCCUGCGAAGAGCGUUGCUUAUUGCAAAGUCAGCAGCAGGAAGCAGGCAGAGCAAAUUGGCUCGUGUUGUUGAAAACACUGGCCGAAACUUUGAAUUUAAAACGCUGGAUCUGCUUGUGUCAUCCGGUAAUUCCGCAUUCGUGGAUAGUACCUUCCGCAUUCCGGAUCUGCUGCGCCUCCUAUACGUGCUCCGCAGCAAAUUCAGUUCGCAAAUGUUCAAGGGAAUGACAGUGGCGAAUUUGAAGGACUCUGUGCGCAAAGCGCCCGCGGCCGAAGACGCCGAGCUCAGCCGCUUGCUUUCCGCAUUCACAGAGGCUGCGUGCCUGGUGGGCAUAAGCGGCACAGCCAUUGCGAAAGACUCCGUCGAGGCCUUGGAAAUGGUGCAAGUUUGCGAACCACAGGGAAUCUGUGAAACGAUGAUAGUCGCAUUGUUGAAGUGGCACAAUAAACUGAUGCAGUCCGGUGGACCAAGCGCUCGGGUGCGGAAUCUUGCAACAGCCUCCGCAGGCACACGUGGAGAACAAGGUCGAGCUUCACAAGGGCAGGGAGGAGAAGAAGCGCAAGCGCAGAGUGAACGAAACACUGUACAAGCGUGUGGCGAUCUUCCACCGGAAAUGGAAAGAACUUUCUCGCGGUCUACAAGGACGAAGCACCACGGCAGCAAAGCGACGAAGAUGAAUGUGGUGAAUGCCUUGGCGAGAUACGCUUGUUCAACCUCAGUGAACGCCACAGACUGCACUGCCGAAUCCGAGCAGAUGGGCUUGACCAGUUUCUUCGUCCGCCUCGACCUAACGCGAGACGUGCUGCCGGUCGCUGUCGCAUUUCGGAACUCUGUAGCUACGAGGAAUCAAUUCGACCUGCACUCAGUUAGUGAAAUCCUGUACCAUCGGUAUUUCGCUGGCAAGCCCUUCCUUCCGGAAAACCUGUGCGAGCUCGUUUUUCGCCUGGCGUCAAAAUUUGACCGCACAAUGGCUACCUCGAGGAAAAACUUGCAACAGUGGAGCGCAGCUCCAUCCGAUAGCGCUAUUUCACUAGGAGAGAAUGGUGGUCACGCCAUUUCGGGCGUGCAGCGCAAUCCUACGCAAGCGACUGCAUUUACCACACUUGUUGACAAGCAGCACCAACAACAAAGCCACUUUGAGCUCUUCGAUUCAGCUGUCUGCGCAAGCCGUUCUCUGCAGUCCGAAGUGGGACAUUGGCGCUUGCCGGAGCUGCUGGAUGCCAUCUCCAAAAUGGAGAUGAUGUGCCGGUUCCUCGCGCCCACCGAUACGAACUCUUCCAGUUUCGUGAAGCAGUUGGGGACAGGUACCAGCCACUUGCCGCUUCUUCAGUUCGUCGACACAAAACUCGUGAAUUUGAGCAAGGAGUUGCCCGCUGGCCUCCGAAAGUUGUUCACUGGCACUGCUGCUGAUGCCCAGCUGCGGGUUGCGGACGCAGCCACGCUGACACAGCUUUUGCAGGUGCGGCGGACGGUUCUGAUUUCCUCAUCGAGCUCGCGCGGCGGUGGUGCUCGUAAAACCCUCAGAGGUAGUUUGCGGCAGCCGUUCUUCAAAGGCAAACAGUUUCACGAAUCAGUGCCUGAGAGCGUGAAGCCGCAUCUCGGUCGAACUAUCGAGCUGCAGCCGACCGCGCUCAUACAGUGGGUGUGCAGUUUGCACCAGAUGCUCACCCUUUGGGUAGUUCACGAAGACCUGGCCCACGACACCGCGGGCGGUAAUAAGUCUCCGUCGAGUGACAAGACCACCACGUCCCCUUCGUCUGAUCCAGAAAACAAGAGGCGGGACGCGGCGAGGAAGGCCGCGCAGGCGUUUCUACUGGGCGAAGCUGGCACGCAAGGGGACCAGGAUCAGGCAAGCCAGGCACAAGACCUUCCGGCGCAGCGCGCUGGGCGUGGUGCUAAACCAAAAGCCAAAUCGGCAGCGAAGGCCAAAGCGAAGAGUAAGGCGAAGGCGAAAGCCAAGGGUAAGGCUAAGGCCAAAGCGAAGAGCAAGGCGAAAGAAGUCGUUGUGGCAGACCAGGAAGACGAUCUGCUGGCCGACGAUGACUUGGGUCAGGCCAGCGGGACACAGGGUAGAGCGAAGACGAAACUUCUGAGUGGGACGGCCCCGGCGACGCCAGCUGUUCAAGGUGCGUCUUCACAGCUGUGGCAUGCCGCUGGAAGUUCGGCAAGCCGCUCGGGUUCCGCAGUACAAGAAACGCAGGCUCGACAGGAGGACAGGAGUAGACACGAGGUGGGAGAGGAUGUCCAGCAACAAUCGCCGCAAACUCCGAAGACAGAGGCUCCGCGAGUCGAUGUCCUCCGACCGCUGCCGCAGCACGCUUUAUGGCAGUACCAACCGGCUGGGGCACUUCCUUUGCCGCCGAGGCUUCAAGUGCGACACGCGAUCGCGCUGUUUUUCUGGCUCGUCGAUCACCUUUUCGACCUAGGCAGUCAAAGGGGCCGCUGAAUCUUCGGAGUGCUUGAUAUCUGUUGUUAGUUCUUCGAGGCCAUCCAGAUAAAAUGUCAACAUUUUUGACAGCAAAAUGUGGUUCCGUAUUGACGAAGCAGGUGUUUAAUCAGCGGUGGUUGACCUCCAUAUCCGUGUUUUACCAAAACAAGAUAGUCGAUCCAUAACAAUCAUUCCUCCUUUACCCGCUUGUUUUUUUGUAAAUAUCGAUGCUCCUGUGAUGAAAACUCACUGCUUCCUAAAAAAACAAAUGUGUCUUGUUUUUGUGAUCUUCCCAUUAUUUUAGCCGCCCAUGGGUGCCCUCUAGCUAGUAUAUACGUGUUCCAUCAUUUUGCGCUGCAUGUGAAUUUUUAGUCUUUAACCCAAUACAUUGUUCAACAAGCAGGAAUAUGAGUUCUUUUAGAUAAUAUUGCCCUACCCCUAAUCUUAAACGACAAGGCACUGCGCCCGCGCUCUUACUUAAUACAACGAGGCCGUAUGCGCUGCUACUAUGCGAACCCCUUGACUUUGUCUACGCUGCUUCAAAAUUCGAAUAUUCUGGAUAUUUCUUUUUCUUGCCACUCAGCCUCAGCGAAUCAAACACGCGGACUCGACUGGGCUGCCAUUUUU